CUCCCCGCUCCCCACUCCGAGCUGCUCUGCCUCGCCCACACUUUCUUUCUCACACACGCACGCAGACACAUUCUCCCUCUGCGCGCUCGCGCUCUCUUCUCGGCCUGCCUCGCUCCCUCUUUCUCUUUCACUUUUGCACGCCCUGCAACCUUUUAAAAUGUUGCCCCUGCCCUGUGAUUCGCCAGCCGCCGCGCCGCGGCCCCCCGCGCGCUCGCCCGCCGCCUCUCUCGCCCGCUUUUUGUCUCCGGAGCUCCCCGUCCCCACCUCCGAUUCGCUACACUGAGGCUCCGUCAAUGGACUGCAUUGAGGGCCGGCUCCGGCGCGAGCUGCCUCUCCGCUUCACGCUCGAUUUCCAGGCAUUCUUCCCGUAUUAAGUAUUCGUGUAAUAUUAAUAGUCAUGAAUAUCUGCUAUUAGGAGGCUCCAGGAACGCUGCCGGCGAGCCCGGUUGUUAGAAGCUCAAGUGAAGCCGCCGCUAAGAACAGAGGGGAGACACGGAUUAAGGAACACGAGCGCACACGCAUGCACACACACUCUCGUCACUUUUUUCUUUUUGGGGGUUUUUCUUUUUUCUUUUUCUUUUUUAAAGAACUUUGAAUCCUAACCGACCGCGGCAGGAUAGAGACCGUGCGUUCGACCAGCUGAAGGCGCCACGGAGUCUGUGGUCCACGUCCAGAUGGAUGCGCGCGGGGCGGCGGCGCCCGCGGGAGCGUCCACGCGGUGACUUGAGUCCUGCGUGGCGCGGGGCUCUCGGCGCCUUUUGUGUGGGGCGCGCUCGGGCGGCGGGGCAGCCGGGUGCUCCGGGCUUGCUUGUUUUUUCCACCCUGACUCGUUACCCCAGACUCUUCGCAGAUGUUAGUUCACAGUUUUUCAGCGAUGGACCGUCACGACGGCACCAGCAACGGGACGGCACGGUUGCCCCAGCUGGGCACUGUAGGUCAAUCUCCCUACACGAGCGCCCCGCCGCUGUCCCACACCCCCAAUGCCGACUUCCAGCCCCCCUACUUCCCCCCGCCCUACCAGCCUAUCUACCCUCAGUCGCAAGAUCCUUACUCCCACGUCAACGACCCCUACAGCCUGAACCCCCUGCACGCCCAGCCGCAGCCGCAGCACCCGGGCUGGCCUGGCCAGAGGCAGAGCCAGGAGUCUGGGCUCCUGCACACGCACCGGGGCCUGUCCCACCAGCUGUCGGGCCUGGAUCCUCGCAGGGACUACCGGCGGCACGAGGACCUCUUGCACGGCCCGCAUGGGCUCGGGUCCGGACUCGGAGACCUCCCGAUCCACUCCUUACCUCACGCCAUCGAGGACGUCCCGCAUGUAGAAGACCCGGGUAUUAACAUCCCAGAUCAAACUGUAAUUAAGAAAGGCCCCGUGUCCCUGUCCAAGUCCAACAGCAACGCCGUCUCCGCCAUCCCUAUCAACAAGGACAACCUCUUCGGCGGCGUGGUGAACCCCAACGAGGUCUUCUGUUCAGUUCCGGGUCGUCUCUCGCUCCUCAGCUCCACCUCGAAGUACAAGGUCACGGUGGCGGAAGUACAGCGGCGCCUCUCGCCGCCCGAGUGUCUCAACGCGUCGCUGCUGGGCGGAGUGCUACGGAGGGCGAAGUCUAAAAAUGGAGGAAGAUCUUUAAGAGAAAAACUGGACAAAAUAGGAUUAAAUCUGCCAGCGGGGAGACGUAAAGCUGCCAACGUUACCCUGCUUACAUCACUAGUGGAGGGAGAAGCUGUCCAUCUAGCCAGGGACUUUGGGUACGUGUGCGAAACCGAAUUUCCUGCCAAAGCGGUAGCUGAAUUUCUCAACCGACAACAUUCCGAUCCCAAUGAGCAAGUGACAAGAAAAAACAUGCUCCUGGCUACAAAACAGAUAUGCAAAGAGUUCACCGACCUGCUGGCUCAGGACAGAUCUCCCCUGGGGAACUCUCGGCCCAACCCCAUCUUGGAGCCCGGCAUCCAGAGCUGCUUGACCCACUUCAACCUCAUCUCCCACGGCUUCGGCAGCCCGGCGGUGUGCGCCGCGGUCACGGCCCUGCAGAACUAUCUCACCGAGGCCCUCAAGGCCAUGGACAAAAUGUACCUCAGCAACAACCCCAACAGCCACGCGGACAACAGCGCCAAAAGCAGUGACAAAGAGGAGAAGCACCGAAAGUGAGGGUCCUCCCUCCCCCCACCGGCAGGUGACAGCUGGGGACCAGCCACCCUUCCUGCUGCUGCUGCUGCUGCUGCUGCUGCUGCUGCUGUGCUGCCUCUGUCCCGCCCUCCGGGCCCUGAGUCCUCGGGACUGCUCUCUCCACUGCCAUGGGGCAGCCGCUGCCGCUGCCUUGGACUCAGCCCCCUGCCUCGACUUACCCCCCUUGCCCUAAUGCGGAGCCUAAGAGAACAGAACGGGCCUUGAAGCCAGCACAGAAAAGUUCUGUCGAGUUUGUGAAUCUUUUUUUUUUUAACCAACAAAUCAACAACAAACAUUAAAAACUUUUUUUUCUAAAAAAAAGAACAUAAAAAAUUUAAAAAAAAUUAUAUGAGCUUCAUGGGACUGAAUCACCACCUUCCCUUACAUACUUCAGUUCAGAUUGUAGCCAUACUUUAAAAAAGGCAAAAAGCUUAAUGACAUUUUUAUCAGUAUUGUGAAUAAACUUGAACACAAACACACGAAGUUCUAUGUCAUGUCUUCAGUUGUAGAAGUUUUCCCUCUCCAAGGUAAAGCCACCAACGUGGACUUUCUCUGGCAGCACGAUUCACAGUUACAUAAGGGAGUCAGUGUUCAGAACUCUGUAUAUAUUUAUUUAUGUGUAAUUUAAUGGGAUUUGUAAAUAUGGUGAGUCUGUUUUAAGCCUUUUUUUUUUAUUUAUCUGGUGAUCUUGUUUACCUCUUGUUUAGUGGGUUUUUGAAUCUUCCCUAUUAGUUCUUUCAUGUGGUUCAUGGUACUUAUUUAGAAAUCCAAGGUUUGGGGAAUUUUGUUUUUCCUCUGGGAUUCAUGAAUUUAGCCCUGUUGUAGCAUGUUAAAGGCGACAAUGAAACAGCUGGACAAAUUUUAAAAAAGGAAAAUAAAAUUUUAUAUAUAAUUAGUAUUACAUUUAGCUUUUCAUUGAACUGAAAGAAAAAAGUGACAUUGGACCCUGGAAAGAUUUUUAAACUUGAGCAGUUUGAUAACCCUUCUAUGUAUUGUGGGGAGAAAAAAGAAGUUUAUUUUAUUCUACUGUCCUCCCUUAAAAGCAUCAUCUGAGCAAUAAAUGAGUAUUGUCUUUAUACCAAGGGUUAGGGGAUUUUCCUCUCUCUUUCUCUCUCUUUCUCUUUGUGUUCAAAGAACUUCAAACAUUUGGGACCACCUGGUGUCCUGUAUUUCCACUGGCCCUAUUGGAAACAGUUCUAGUUGUAUUGUACUGAGCUGUGCCGGCAGUAGUUUUCAUGCCUGUCAAUGUAUCAUAGUCCUUUGUUGCCCAGAUAAAUAAAUAUUUGAUACGCUUUA